AUGCCCGUCUCGCACUUGACCUUGACCGUUUCACACCUUCCGACCUCAACCUCAUUUUUCUUAUCAUGUCUCCAGCCACUCGGAUACCAAUUUAUUGGUCGGCAUGACGACUAUAUAGGUUUCGGUCAGACGCAGGGGGAACCUGCUGAUUUCUGGGUCACGGAACGGAAACCAGGAGGUGCUCCUAGUGCUGUUCAUGUUGCAUUCCCAGCUCCGGACAAGGACGCUGUGAACGUAUUUUUCAUCUCCGCUUUGAAGGCGGGUGGAAAGAUGCAUGCUGAGCCCAAAUGCCGGGAUACUCAGACAGGCUACUUCAGUGCUGCCGUGAUCGACUUGGAUGGCAACAGCAUCGAAGCGGUGUACCGGCCAGGUGCCUCAGUCGUUGCAUCGGAGGCUGGAGGACCGACCAUUGCCUUGCUGGAGAAUGGAUCCGUGGUCUCCAAGGCUUCCAAGACUAGCAGAGCUACUUCGGUGAGAUCUGAGAGCAUUGCGCCCCCCAGAUCGGAGGCCAAAUCUCGUGCACUCACCAGAGCGCCAACCAGUGUUGCGCCAACUUCAGUUGCACCAAGCGCUUAUGGGCGUGAAUCGGUUUAUGAGCGCGAGCGUUCUGCCCCGACAAUGGUGUCUCGUGCACCACCACCCCAAUCUCAAUCCUACACGGUCCACACGGUGCAGACCGUCCAGAAGCCGGUCGAUGAUGGCAGCAAAGCGGCGAAGACAAUUGUUGGUACUCUCAUCGGUGCCGCAGCGGGCGCGGCAAUCGCUUACGCGAUGGUCAUGGGUGACUCACAGUCCUCUUCCGACACGAAUACCACCAGUUCUUCGCCGCAAUACACGCCGGAGCACCACCAGUUGAUGGGACCCCCAUCGCAGGUAUCGCAGUCGGAAUCCGAACAGAGGUAUCGGGCCCUUGAGGCGCCUCCAACGCGCAGUGUCUACACGUCGGCAUCAGGCCCUCGGUCCACACUCAGCCGCAGCCAUACCUCCAAGAACCCACGUGCCAGUACGAUCUACGAAGGCACCGAGUUCUUCGAUGACCACGGCCGCCGCGCCUCAGAUGGCACCGUCUUCAGUAUCCCCGAGGACAAACCCGUCCGAGCCAUCGAGUACCCCACCUCCGCGAACGGCUGGCGCGACGAAUACAGCCAAGCCCCCAGCACCUUCAUCAGCAGCUACGCAGCGGACAAACCACGCGCAGGCAGCGUGCACUCCGUCUCCACCAUCAAAGCCCCCCACGGCAACGGCCAACGAAGACACAGUUCAGACGACAGAGACACAUACUCCACCCACAGCAACAGCUCGAAAGCCCACCGCGCGGCUUCCUCCCACAGCCACAACAACCACGGCACCAGUCAGCACCACUCGACCCCCAGAUCUGUCAAGGACAAAGAUGGUAUGGCCAGUAUUGCUUCUUCUAUCCGUACUGCACGCAAUAUUCCACUGCCCCAGGGUUCUAUCGCAACCUACUACUCUGCCACUCCUAGCCAUCAUGGCAAGUCACAUGUUUCGGCUCGUGAUGUGCCACUUCCUGACAGUGUGAUUGAUCUAGAUGUGAACUCGCACGUCACACCGGAUGAUUCUAUCAGCCAGAUCGGUCGCCCCGCUCGGUCCUCACACCACUCCCACCACUCCAAGCACUCUAAGGCAUCGAGACGUACGUCCAAGUCUAGGUUCGAGGAUGAAGUGAAGCCAGCUGACAGUGUGAGCCAGGUGUCGCGGGCCUCUCAGCGAACCGUAAAAGCUGAAGAGAUGCAAGCGGCGUCGAGGGUUAGUAGCUGGCGAAGCCAGGUUGUUUAA